AAGAUGGCGAUGCGCGUUGCAAGCAUGAGAUGUUUGUCCCCAAUAUUCCAGUCAGUUUUAACAUCGCGUUGUAAUGUUACAUAUAUCAAACGAUAUGUGCGUAGACGAAGACCAGUGUCUCUGUUAACGUCAAACAAUGAGCCUACAGAAAAUGCGGAACAAGUCUCUAAAGUAAGUCAAUUCAAUGAACGUUUAUUAAAUGAGAACAUUCAUAGAAGCCCAGAAAAAGCGAGAUGGGGGUCAGAAAGUGUCACAAGUGUCAGCCAGAAACACGACAACAAUCCGGAGUCAGUCCAGUUUUCUGGAUCAUCACGGGGAAUAGUGAUGAACGCCACCACAUUGCCCCGUUAUGGAGAAGUUGAUGGUUUGCUGUAUGAUAAAUCACGACCUGGUGACAAGAGUCUGAUGAGACUUGUCAACAUAGCUCGAUCUAAGAAGCUUCGUGAGCAUCAAGGUAAAGUUAUUCUAGAGGGUGGACAUCUCAUCCGCUGUGCUCUGGAUGCAGGGGCUGUAGCACAGAAUGUCUUCUUCAGCUCUGUGAAAGCACUGAGGGAACUUCCUCUAGAUAAUCUGAGACGAGCCAGUCUCGUGAAAGUUAAGAUGGAAGACACUAAAUUCUGGUCUGAUCUUGACACCUCACAAGAUGUAAUAGCCAUAUUCAAACGUCCUGUGGUCUCUCGUUUGACAUUCCCAGAGGAAAAGUUUGGCAGGCCAUUGCCUCUAACACUGAUUUGUGACAACGUGAGGGACCCGGGAAACCUGGGCGCAGUGUUGCGCUCCGCUGCGGCAGCUGGAUGCCAUAGUGUGUUGCUAACUAAAGGUUGUGUUGAUGUUUGGGAGCCCAAGGUCCUUAGAGCAGCCAUGGGGGCUCACUUCCGUCUCCCCAUCAUCCCAAACUUAACAUGGAGCGAUAUUCCAGAUCAACUGCCCACUACAGCCACCAUUCAUGUAGCUGACAACUGCGGCACCACCACGAAUGAGGAUGAGCCCGGUGUGACUGCUCAAAACAAAAGAAAACCACGUGAUUACGGUUGGGUCAGAGGUCAUCAGAACCCAAUGAAGGUGCAGUGUGAUGAUGACGGUGAUUCUGAGGAUUAUGAAGGUAGCAGAUGUGCACACACUAGCAAAUCCCUGGACACCCUAUAUUACCACACUGACUGGGUUGCUAGGCACACGGGCCUCGUGAUUGGUGGAGAAACGCACGGUCUGAGUCAGGAAGCAUUGCGAUUGGCUGAGAGGACUGGAGGCCGGAGGUUAUUAAUCCCCAUGGUGUGUGAUGUUGACAGCCUGAACUCUGCCAUGGCUGCAAGUAUUUUGCUCUUUGAAGGAAGGAGGCAGCUGCAGCUACAGAUAAGAGGAAAGUUGACAGAGAUGACAGCUUCAUGAAAACAGGAUGUUGUUGAAAUAUUAAAUGCAUCACAGCCAGAGUCCAGUGUGUUCUUUUUUAUGUGCGAUACAUGUAGAAUUAUCAGUGUUUGUUACCGAAAUCUUAAAUUUUGUCAUUUUGAUUCAAACUUAAUUCAGAAGCAAACAACAUUUUAGGUGAUCUUUGCUAUAUGAAAAAGCUUGGUCGAAGCAUGUUUCACUUCACCCAAAAACGAAAAUUCUUUUGUCAUUUGUCAUUCCAAACCUGUAUGAUUUUCUUUCUUCAACAUAAAACAAAAAAAUAUAUUUUGAAGAAUGUUGGUAGCAACAUCAUUGGCACCCAUUGACCUCCAUUGUAUGGAGACAAAACUAUAGAGACAUUUCUCAAAAUAUCUUCUAUAUAUAAAUAUCGUCAUUUACAGGUUUUGAAAAUCAUGCGGGUGAAAAAAUGAUGACAGAACUGUUUUUUGUUUUUUUAAGUAUUUUUAAGAAAGAAAUGUAUACAGGUUUGGAACAACUUAAUGGUGAGUAAAUGAAGACAGAAUUAAAAUUUUUGUUCAACCUGUCCUUUUAAGAUAGAAAAUAUUAGCCUGGUAUGAAAACUGGAAGUCCUCACUGACAUACCGAAAUUAAUUUACAUCCCAGUAUUUAACACACUG